AUGGGCGACGUGUCCUUCGAUGCCGUGGUGACCGCUCGGCCUGUGGCCGACGAUGAGAGCCCAGAUGCCGAAAGGAUCAAAGGCAUCUUUCGUCGCUAUGAUCUGAACCGGGAUGGCUCCAUCAGUCGAACGGAGCUCUCACAGGUGCUGCGGGCACUCUGUCCUUCGAUUUCAGAAGACGAGGUCAGCCGCUUGUUCAUCAAAAUGGACACCAACAAAGAUCAGAGGAUUCAAAUCGAAGAGUUCGUAGACUUUAUCUUCAGCUUUGCCGACAUGUCUGAUCGCGCUGAGAUGGCAUUGCGGGAAAAAAGUGGGGAGCUGCGAGAGGGUGAGGCGGACCAAACUGCGGAGCGCUACAGGCCGCAAGUUGAUGCCGGUUUGGACAUCUCAGACUGCGACUUCAAUCUGAAAGGCGAGGAGCCGGAUUUGCCGGGAGUGGUGCGCGGCCUUCAGUUGCUGAAUGCCCAAGCGCUGCGCGAGGUUUUCCAGAAAGCCGACGUGAACAAGCGUGGAUUCCUGCGGUUGGCAGAUAUCAGGCGCAUUCUGUUCCCGGACUCUUCGGACUCCCUGGACAACGGCCUGGCAGUAGUGAAAGUCUUCGCCCAGAUGGAUAAGAACAGCGACGGCAAGAUUCACUGUGGGGAAUUUGUGUCCUACAUCAUGAACACGAAACGCCGUCUUUCUAACACGGCAUCAAGCGCGGAGAAGCGCCAGAUUGCCACGGCCUUCUCGGCUGCGGAUGCUGACGCCAAUGGCAGCAUCAGCAUGGAGGAGUUUGAGCAUCUGUUCGGUGCUAACACGGCGACCGACCAGCAGAUGCUGCAGAAGGCUUUUGAUGCCGUGGACAAGAACAAGGAUGGUACCGUCUCCAUGGCUGAGCUCGCAAAGGUGUAUGGCAAGGAGCUGGUGCAGGAGGCCAAAGGACUUGACGUCUCCGGCAGCAUGGAUGCAGGUGACGACGAAAGCGAGGAGGCCGCGCGAUCACACCAGGGACGCUACCUGAGAAUGAUCUACGACAAGGCUAAGUUCUUGCUUCGAGACCAUGACAUUGAGGGCUAUUGCAAGGUGUGGAACGAAGUGCCCAUUGCCGACCAGGUGGAGUUGCUGAGGGAUGCGCUUAAAGCGCGGAUAUACGUCAUAGAUCCCCACUCCACCUACAUGAGACUUUGGGACUUUAUACUCGUCUUCUGUUUGGUUUACACUGCGCUUGUCACACCCUACGAAAUCGCGUUCAUCCCUGACCGCGACAGUAUUCUGCUCGUGACUUGGAUGCAGGUUGACAUUGUGUUCAUCAAGGACAUGAUCAUGCAGUUUUUCAUGAAAGUGGAGCGCAACACAAGGCAAGGGAAGAUCUGGGUGCGGGAUCGCCGCAAAGUGGCGCUGCUGUACGUGAAAACCUGGUUUCUGAUAGACUUGGCUUCUGUGCUUCCCUACGAUGACUUCACAGACAUGCUGCAAGAGAGCGCUGAUGGUAUACAGAGCGUGAAGAUCCUGAGAACAAUCAGGGUGCUUCGGCUCGUCAAGCUUCUGCGGAUUCUCAAGGCCAGCCGAAUGGUGAAACGCUGGGAGAAUCGCAUAGCGCUGAAGAGUACGAGCCUGUACUUGAUAAAGUUCGCGGUGUUGAUCAUCCUCUCGUGCCACUGGAUGGCUUGUGUCUGGGGUUUCCUGGGCCUGCUUGAAGGAAGCAUGCUGCCGCCUGGAUGCAGAGGGCUGCGUGACGGAGAUCCAGAUGGGCUUAUGGCAGCAAACCCUGACGCUUAUUACUUUUUCGAAGAGCGCACAGGCGAUGCCUACAACCCUUCUCAGUGGAUGGGCGACAGCUGGGUGGUGAGGUGGGCAGCUGGUCGCGCGGCGAGCUCUCCAACCAAUCCCUGUGACACCGGCAAUGUCUACAUUGCGGCCCUUUACUGGUCUGUGAUGACUAUGACAUCCGUUGGCUAUGGAGAUGUCCUCCCGUACACCCCAGCAGAAUACCUGGUGUGCACCUCCUGCAUGAUGAUCAGCUCCAUUGUCUGGGCCUACAUCAUCGGCGCCGCCUGCGCCGUGAUGUCGAAAAUGGACCCUGAGCUGAGCGAAUUUGAGCGGAGGAUUGACGAUUUCAAUGCCAUGGCUCACGACCAGGAUCUCCCGGGCCACAUCCGGUGGCGUGGACGUGAGUUCAUUCGAUUGCAGCGAUUUCACAUGCACUACCUCCGAAAUAUCGAUGCUUGGGAAGGGCUCGGAGCUGACCUGCGGGGCACUGUGGCUCGACAGAUGGCGUCGCACUACAUCAACCACAUUUGGUUCUUUAAAGGAACCAAAGCCCAAUUUCGGGAGGACUGUGCCAAGAACUUCGUGCCCAUGUUCUACGAGCGCCGCGAGGUCAUAGAAAAGCCCCAGCAGCUCAACGUGGUCGAGCGCGGGGCUGUGGGACGUCUUGGACGAAUUCUGGUGCCUUGGGGCUACUGGGGCGAGGACAUGCUGAUCCGAAUGGCAAUGCUUCGCCAGGACAGCUCAGCCAUGGCUCUCACCUACACCGAAAUUAUGUCCCUCAGCCGCGACUCGCUGUCGCACGUCCUCUUGGACUUCCCGGAGGAACAGAUGCGCUUCCGAAAAGCGGCGACGUUGAUGGCUCUCUUCGCAGUUGCAAAGAUUUACCGAGUGGAGCUUUCCGCAGAUGCAGAGGAACGAGAUCCUCACAACCGCUGGAUCCAUGACGUCUUUGAGACGGCACGCAAGGUUGGACUGGAGGAGCUCACGCCGAUGAAAGCUGAGCAGAUCAUGCACAAUUUGCGAGUGUCUGAAGCUUGGACCGAGCGCAUGCUCGAGGAGGAACAGUCUCCUGGAGCACUCGGAGAGCUGGCUCUGACUUCCGAGCAGAAGAUCGAUUACAUGGUGAAGGAGAUUUACAGCAAUGUGCAAACUGCAACCGGCGCUAGAGGCAUGGCAAGGAGGAGUUCAUCGAAGGACUCGUCAGUGCCAUCCAAGCCUGCGGAUUCCACUGCCGUUCUUCAGCGACUAGACCGCAUCGAGCAACAGCUGGAGCGUCUGAUAAGCAGCAGCUCCCACUGGCAAAGCUCAGGAGUCAAUGGGGACGGUUUGGACGGUGUCGGCAGGCCGGCGAUUUCGGAGGGUUGGAAGCCCAACGCUACAGCCGCUGCAGCACAGUCACGGAUACCAGGACCCCCCGAGCAUCCCUUGCGAAUGCCGCGCGGUGACACGGGUAAGCUGCUGCCGGAGUGUUGCACAAUAACCGGCUCUGGUGUGCCGCAGCGGGUGCAAAAACGCCCAACGCCCCUGCGAAGCAGGAGUAAAUCACCUGGCCGUGUGGACGGAGCACAGAUGGCGCAAGGCCCGCACUUCGUUUUGGAAAGACUCGGUCGGAUUCCUAACCCCCAGCUACAAGCAAUUAAUAAAACGUAA